UCCCUCUCUUUCUCUCUCUCACACACACACAACCUCCUCUCUCUCUCUCUCUUAUUAUUCAUUUCUUAGCAGAUACCCUUAUCCAGUGUGACAUACAAUUCCCCAUUUAUACAGUUGGGUUUUUACUGGAGCAAUCUAGGUAAAGUACCUUGCUCAAGGGUACAGCAGCAGUGUCCCCCACCUGGGAUUGAACCCACGACCCUCCGGUCAAGAGUCCAGAGCCCUGACCACUACUCCACACUGCUGCUCUCUCUCUUCUCUCUCUCCUCUUCUCUCUCACUCCUCUCUCCCUCUCUCUCAGCUCUUGAUGUUCUCCAUGGCUCUCUUCGGCUCCUCUCUCCUCUCCUCUCCUCUCCUCUCCUCUCCUCUCCUCUUCUCUCUCACUCCUCUCUCCCUCUCUCUCAGCUCUUGAUGUUCUCCAUGGCUCUCUUCGGCUCCUCUCUCCUCUCCUCUCCUCUCCUCUCCUCUCCUCUUCUCUCUCACUCCUCUCUCCCUCUCUCUCAGCUCUUGAUGUUCUCCAUGGCUCUCUUCGGCUCCUCUCAGCCGCUCCUCUCGCCCCGCUCCUCGGAGAUGCUGAUGUCGGAGCUCGGCUCGCUGCUCAGGCGCUCGGAGCGGCUGCAGCUGGAGCGCGCGGCCGAGGGGAGGAGGCGCCGCUCCAGCGUGGAUUACACCUGGCUCGCUGUCACCCCCAAACCCGCCUACCAGCUCAGCCCUGGAGAGACACUGGAACUGCAGGACCUGUGCGCCAAAAUACAGCCAUCCCAGUGCGGGCCUGUCAUACUGAGGUUCCGGAAGCUGGUGAUGGAGUACGAGCCGGACGUUCACGAGGUGUCUCGUAUUUUCCGCUCCGUGCUGUGCGACUCGCUGGACGAGGAGCGCGGGAGGGAGGAGGAGCGGCAGCUGGAACAGCGGGGCUGGGACAAGCAGCGCUCCAAGAGCCUGUCAGUCAUGACCUUCAAGUCCCGCCUCCGCAUCAACCCCUCCAGAAACCCCGCCCCCUCCGGCUCCACCCUCGACGAGGACAGCGACGAGGAGGCGGGGCUGGGGGGCGGGGCCAGGAGGGUCCGGAGCAUGCCGGAGAUCACCCCGUGCGAGCAGACGAGGGGCCCCUAACUAGAGAAAGGGAGGAAACGUUUCCACUAGAAGUCUUUCUCAGCGUCUUCAGUGUAAAUUCAAUGGCAAACGUUUCCAUUAGAAGUCUCUCUCAGGGUCUUCAGUGUAAAUUCAAUGGCAAACGUUUCCACUAGAAGUCUCUCUCAGCGUCUUCAGUGUAAAUUCAAUGGCAAACGUUUCCACUAGAAGUCUCUCUCAGCGUCUUCAGUGUAAAUUCAAUGGCAAACGUUUCCACUAGAAGUCUCUCUCAGCGUCUUCAGUGUAAAUUCAAUGGCAAACGUUUCCACUAGAAGUCUUUCUCAGCGUCUUCAGUGUAAAUUCAAUGGCAAACGUUUCCACUAGAAGUCUCUCUCAGCGUCUUCAGUGUAAAUUCAACGGCAAACGUUUCCACUAGAAGUCUUUCUCAGCGUCUUCAGUGUAAAUUCAAUGGCAAACGUUUCCACUAGAAGUCUCUCUCAGCGUCUUCAGUGUAAAUUCAAUGGCAAACGUUUCCACUAGAAGUCUUUCUCAGCGUCUUCAGUGUAAAUUCAAUGGCAAACGUUUCCACUAGAAGUCUUUCUCAGUGUCUUCAGUGUAAAUUCAAUGGCAAACGUUUCCACUAGAAGUCUCUCUCAGCGUCUUCAGUGUAAAUUCAAUGGCAAAUGCUUCCACUAGAAGUCUCUCUCAGCGUCUUCAGUGUAAAUUCAAUGGCAAACGUUUCCACUAGAAGUCUCUCUCAGCGUCUUCAGUGUAAAUUCAAUGGCAAAUGUUUCCACUACAAGUCUCUCUCAGGGUCUUCGAUGAAGACUCACCCCCCCCACACUGAAGACACUGAAGACAUUGAGGAGGAAGUGUAAACACACCGUCAGUGGACAGCGCAGAGCGGACGCGUCACCACACCCUCCUGCAACGUCAUCGGUGGGGUCUUGUGGUCUUUCUGCUGAGUUUGAAGUAGAGUCUAGGCCGGGGAAGCACGAUUGUAAUUGUUUUAGUAUAAAGACGACCGUGGGAGGGUUUUGAAUUCACCUACAGUUUGUGUAAAUACCGUCUAACAAUACAUCAUAUCCUGAUGUAACUAUCACUAUUUAAUCAUAUCCUGAUGUAACUUUCACUAUUAUCUGCUGUAUUAUUGAAUUGUGGUUUGUCACACUUGAAAAAGUUAUUGUAUUUCUUGCUCUUAUUGUAUUACUUGUAUUGUAACACUUGAAUGUAUUUGUAUUUGCUUGCGAUUGUAAGUCGCCCUGGAUAAGGGUGUCUGCUAAGAAAUAAAUAAUAAUAAUAAUAAUACAUACAGGGGUCAUAAAAAAUAUUUAAAAAAAACUAGGGUAACCUCUGCCUGCUAUUUCAGAUACAUGAUCAUUCUGCAUUGCAAGUUUUUUUUUUUCCAAAUAAGGUUUUCUGUAAAUCUCCAAAUGUUUUUGUCAUUUCAAUAAAAACAUUCUUUCACACUUCA